AUGAAUCGCCACUAUGGUCGCUUUGCUUGGUCCUUCGCGACACAAAACCCAAAAGACGCCCGUGAAGUUAGAUACAAUGCAGAAGCCACCGCCGAGCUCAACUCUGGCGCAGCGCUUGCAAUUGUUGACAAGAAGCCUUUCUUGACUGUUAUCGAUAACCUGAGAGACUGGGAGAAAGACGCCGUCUAUGAGAUCGUUACUCCCCACCAAUUUGGACAUGGUUUUUCACCUUCCAAGCUGAAGUUAUCCUCGCCCGAGGAGCAUAUCGUCGGAAAGCCAUCCACCGAAGAACAAACAGCCGCAAUCAAUUAUGGUAAAUUGAUCGGUUCGUUGGAGGGCGGAAAGAUAUUGAGGAUUCCUUGGGCGGAGGACUCUACUGGUGCUAUCCCAGUCAUGGAUUCUGAGGUACCCGGAGAAAUGUUCUAUUACCUUCCUGCCCAAUUCGAGCGGUUUGCGAUGAGUCAGAAAUCCUUCGAGACCAUGCCUUCCUUUAUCAUCUUGAAGGAUGGUGACAUGCCUAGCUAUGUUUUCUGGAAGCGCAAAGCAGAGUUUCCACCAUCUUACACUGAGGCGGAUCUGACGGAGCAUCACCGAGCCAUACGAUCUGGUGCACCUACACCAGAGCCGCGCCCUGCUCCAGUUGCUGCCCCUACGUCAGAGACACGUCCUGCUCCGCUUGCUGUCGACAUCGCCAAGGCCGCUGAGGAAAAGCAUCCUCAACCAAUGUGGGAAAUCUUUGAUCCUCGCCUCGAAGAAGACCCCAUUGAGUUCUUGGAUUUCUACAAUGUUUGCUUGAACGGACGCAAAGGAAUCAGAAACAAAUUGAUGCUUCGCGAGGCCGACAUCGAUCGCGUCAACUACAUCAGCCCUUGUCUUGCCCACAACCACAAAGAGAUCGACGAGGAGUCCGGAGCUGCUGUUGCCGAAGCUGAAGAAACUGCCAUGGAUGUCGACCCUGCGCCCGUGGUCCCUUCGUCGAAGCCCGCUGCAGCCUCUACUUCCAAGCCUACCAACCUUGUUGCAUCCAAGCCAUGGGUACAGCCUGGACCUAUCCCCGACGAUGAUCCUUCGUGGCUACUUCUCCUUGCCAGACAAGACAGAGAGAGACAGAUCAGAGGUGCACGCAUCCGACCAAAGCCAGUUUUCACCAGCGAGUUCUGCAACGCACCUGGCAAAACAUCUGAUCCGAGGAAGGCAGUCCUUAGACGCGAGCUGUAUGACAAGUACUACCACCGUGCAGUCACAGCUAACCGCGAGAUCGAGAGCCGCUCCAAGUGCUGUCUUGCUUGCGGACUUCAGUGGACUCAGUGCCCCACAACUAGACACGCUCACUACAAGCAGCAUCGCGACGAGCUCAAGCUUUAUCGCCAACAUUGCCAGAACCAGAAUAUCCUUCUCGAGGACCCAUUGCGCGUGGAAAGCCUGGACCCAGCAAAGGCUCCCAUGACCGACAACGUUCCCGCAAUCAACUGGUUCAGAGACUUGGAACAAAUCAUUCUCAACAUGGAGAACGAAUUGCUCGAACGUGAACAGACUUGCCGUAUCUGUGACGCUCAUGUCGACUUUGCCGACGAAAGCAUGUCUGAUCAUUACCAGAAGCAUGCCAUCGAGCGCAAGCAGUUGCGAACCAUCGGUGAGAUUGCCAAUUCAGUGCCGACAACUCCUACUGUAAUUGUCACGCCAGAGGGAGCUUCUUUCAUCAAUGGAUCGGCAAAGAGCUCUCCUGCUCGUAGUUACCAUGGUCCCUCCGCCACUCCAGAGUACAUCAGACGUAUCUAUGAGAAUCAAGAUGAGGCAAGAGCCAAGAAGGCGCUUGAGGAGUCAGGCAAGAUGGCCGACAUCAUGGUGAAUGUUGCCGAGCGAAUCAGAGAAACUGGUACUAUUCAACAAGCUCAAUUGUCGCCUCCAAUCUCGCUCUCUUCGGGCUCCAAGUCAAGCGAGCCUGUCGUUGCGGCAUCUGAUGAUGUGAUGGACACCACUGAGGAUGGCCCAAUCCACUCGGAUGUUGUUGGCAACACUACAGCUCAAGUUGUCUUUCCCCCUUUGAUGACGCCUACAACACCAUCACCUAAAGUCGCUAAGGACAACCUCGACUUCCUCUCCACGUACGAUGCCCACACGGUCCCAAAGAGCAAAGUCCGUCUUGAACGCAUUGUGAUCCAAGAUGACGAUACUGAUUUGUACGCUUCCGCUGCCCCUGUUCCUGUCGAGCCUGUCGAAGAGCAACACGCUGACAACGAUCAAGCAGAGAUCGUUCAAGCCAUUCGGAGCAAUUCGGGCGAGCUGCUCGCCUUGGACGACGCCGUGAUCAACGACAGCGAAGACGUCGAGGAGGUGCUUGACGCUGAAGUAACCGAGAGCCAAGAGGCGGAGGAGCUGCCAGAAGAGUUUGAGGUUGAUGAUGAAGAAGUCGCUGAGGAAGUGCCUAAGGAGUCCGAGCGCAUUGAAGUUGACGACGCCAAAAUUUCUGACGGAAGUGCUAGAAGCCAGGUCUACUACCCACCCGAUGAUGGCUUGUUCGACAAUCUAGAGCCGAACUCGGAGCUCCCUCUGGAAAUUGGCAUCUCCAAGUCUGAAACCGAGCUCGAUGCUGCAAAACUCCUUGCUCUUGCUAUCGGAGACAGAUCCCUACGCAAGCUGAAGAAGACCCUCAACCUAGAACAAGCGUUCGUUGCUCUCGACAUGACGAACGGGUUGAUCUACGCUGUCGAGUGUGAAUCGCCCAGGCAUGAGCUUGUUUCAAAAGAGCAGGCGGUCUAUGGUCACUUGAUAGACCGUCUUUUCUUCUUAAGCAAAGACAGUCAGCACAAACGUUCUGAUAAGGCGCCCGUCAAUCCUGAACGAGCCAGCUUCAAGGAUGCCUAUCUUGAAUCCGAUGAUCUGCUCAACGGUACCAGUCUUGAGUGGUAUGAUAUCUGGAGGGUCGUCAUGAAAGCUAAGCAGGCUUUCGAAGAGUGGGUUGCUCAGAAUAGCAAAGACUCCAUCUCGUCAAUCAGGCAACGAAUUGUGGAGCUUUUGAGAAGCGAGUUGAUGAACACCUCACUUUAUGGAUACCAAGACGGGCCUUUGCCCAUCGACACUAUGGUACCUGUCAGACACGACCGCCUCGAUCUUCGGCAAGGAGACCUUCGUAUCGACUACAUUUUGACCCGAGCACUCAAUUGGGGAUGCGGUUUCAACGAUCUGAGAAUUCUCGCACACCAAGCUUGGGAGAUGGCCAUAGACAUGAUCAAGACUGAACGUGCAUCGCCCAGUGCAAAGGGACCUGAGGCAGCCAGACUUAGGAUCAUACAUCAAGUCCAGGAGUGGGUUCGCUCUCAGAUCAAGAAGGAGAAGCAGUGGAGGCGCGCAGAAGGUCAACGACUCAGACAGAACGAGCCUCGGGAGCAAUGGGCAAACCAGGCUACUCCCAUCGUCUCACCCGCGAGAUGGUCUACCGAAGGUUUAGCCAGCGAGACUCCUCGUACUCCCUUCCACUCCCCUUGGACACCAAUAGCGCCGUCAACGCCUCGCAAGACCAGCAGUGGCAAGGAAAGCGGCAAGCGUAAGCGUCCUGCACCAUUGCCCACUCCCAUCUCCUACCGCAAGCGCAAGGCCAGCGACGACAGUUUCCAUCCCGGUCCUCCUAGUCCUUUCAAUCCGGACGAAGUGUCGCCCAGAAUCUCCAAGAAGGCCCGUAAGAGUUCUGACCCGCUGUACCGUCCUGGCUCUGCUCUUCUGGAUCCUACCACACCUCCUGUGACUCCUAAGGCUCCCAAACGUGUCCUCAACCGCGAGGCUGAUGGCCGCUUUGCCAAGAAGGUUGAGAAGAAGUCCAAGGCCAAGAAGGCCGAGAAGAAGCCAAAGAAAGUCACUUUCGACGCUUCUGUGAGAUCAAAGUCUUCUUCUCGUGGACUGCCCUCUCCUCAGGUGGUGAUCACAAAGAAGCCUGUCACCAAGAAAUCUUCUUCCUCAACAACACCCGCCAAGAAGACUUCUGAGGCUCUGGCUCCCAAAUCGACGAAGAUUGGUGUCAAGAAGGUUUCAAACAAGGCCAAGAAGACCGAACCUGUCGCUUCUGCUACGAGGCCGAAGCGUCAAGCCGCUAUUAAGGCUGAGAAGAGUUUUGGCAAGACCAAGAUUGUUGGUUGA